AUGGGGCAGACCAACGACGGAGAAGAAAGUAAUGGACCUUUGUUUGAAACUACAUCAAAUACAGAAUCAGAAUUUCCUAGCAAUUCUGAGAAGUCUGGAAGGAGAUUCAAUCUGUUCCUGAAGCGACGUCUCAGGAUUGAUAAGAGACAUCAAAGCAAGGAUUCUGUUUUCUUCAGAGAUGGUAAACGGAGAAUAGACUUUGUACUUACUUAUGUGGAUGACCCAAAAAUUGAUGGAGAAAAAAAAUUGGAUCGAAGGCGAAUGUUUGAGAACAAUCUAGUAAAGAAAGGUCUGGAACUAGAAACUGAAGAUAAGAAGGAAUCUGAAAAUGGCAAAACGUAUUUUGUGAAGAUUCACGCCCCCUGGGAAAUUCUGAUCACUUAUGCAGAAGUGCUAAACAUCAAAAUGCCCAUCAAGGAGAAUGAUAUUCCCUGUAUGGUGGAGAACCCAUUGGACUGCAUAUUCUGGCCAUUUAGGCUACCUGAGAUUGUGAUGCACCCUGAACCGGACUACUUUACAGCACCAUUUAGCAAAGAAAGACAGGAAUUGUACCUCAUUGAGGAUGAGAAUAUGUUUUUCUCACCAUCCGUCAGAAACAGAAUAGUUUUUUAUAUUUUAACAAGGUGCCAAUAUGGAACAGAAGAAGGGAAGAAGAAGUUUGGAAUCAAAAGACUUCUAAAUAAUGGCACCUACUCUUCUGCUUACCCUCUUCAUGAUUGUCAGUACUGGAAGAAGUCAAAUGAUCCAAAGUGUGAAAAUGAAAGAUAUACCUUACAUAGGGAAUGGGCCCGGUUUCCUAGGUUUUACAAGGAACAGCCCUUGGAUCUUAUCAGGAAAUAUUAUGGAGAGAAGAUUGGAAUCUAUUUUGCCUGGCUGGGUUUUUAUACUGAGAUGCUGUUCUUUGCAGCUGUUGUUGGCUUCAUUUGUUUUCUGUAUGGUUUGUUCACAAUGAAUGAAAAUAUGAGCAGCAAAGAAAUAUGUCAUCCUAGUAUUGGUGGUGAAAUUAUCAUGUGUCCAUUAUGUGAUCGAAAUUGCGAUUACUGGAGAUUGAAUUCUACUUGUGAGUCUUCACAGUAUUCCCAUUUGUUUGACAAUGUGGCAACCCUCUUUUUUGCAAUAUUUAUGGGCAUCUGGGUUACACUUUUCUUGGAAUUUUGGAAGCGAAGACAAGCUCGACUUGAAUAUGAGUGGGAUUUAGUUGAUUUUGAGGAAGAACAGCAGCAACUCCAACUUAGACCAGAGUAUGAAGCAAAAUGUACACAGAAGAGGAAGAAUCCAGUAACUCAGGAGCUGGAGCCUUAUUUACCUCUAACUAGCCAGGCUGUACGGUUCUGCAUCUCAGGAACUACAGUGUUGUUCUGGAUCUCUUUAAUCAUAGCAAGCAUGAUAGCUGUGAUAGUUUACCGCCUUGCAGUCUAUGCUGCUUUUGCCGGCAUCAUGGAGAACACAGAAACCCUGCAACCCAUUCGAGGUUUGUUGACACCACAACUGGCAACGUCAGUCACGGCAUCAUUCCUCAAUUUUAUCAUCAUUAUGAUACUGAAUUUCCUAUAUGAGAGGAUAGCCAUCUGGAUCACAGAUAUGGAAAUACCAAGAACCCACUAUGAAUAUGAAAACAGACUUACUAUGAAGAUGUUCCUCUUUCAGUUUGUCAACUACUACUCUUCGUGCUUCUAUGUAGCUUUUUUCAAAGGGAAAUUUGUAGGAUACCCUGGUUCUUAUACAUACAUGUUCAGUCGCUGGAGGAAUGAAGAGUGUGAUCCUGCAGGAUGCCUGAUAGAACUGACCACCCAGCUCACCAUUGUCAUGGCUGGCAAACAGAUCUGGGGUAAUAUUCAAGAAGCCAUAGUCCCCUGGAUUUGUAAUUGGUGGGGUCGUCGGAAGGCGAAACACAACCCAGAGAAUUUAUACAGUCGAUGGGAGCAGGACCAUGAUUUGCAGAGCUUUGGCGCAUUGGGUCUCUUCUACGAAUACCUAGAAAUGGUUAUUCAGUUCGGAUUUAUUACUCUGUUUGUGGCCUCUUUUCCUUUGGCACCCCUGCUUGCUCUGAUGAACAACAUCUUGGAGAUUAGAGUUGAUUCUUGGAAACUUACAACCCAGUUUCGAAGGCCUGUGGCAGCCAAAGCUCAUAGCAUAGGAAUUUGGCAAGAAAUCUUAAACGGGAUGGCUAUCUUGUCUGUUGUCACAAACGCGUUUAUUGUAGCCUUCACAUCUGAUAUGAUUCCUCGAUUGGUAUACUAUUAUGCCUAUUUUGCGGAUCCUGACUUACCUAUGUCUGGAUACAUUAAUAAUAGCCUUUCAGUAUUCCAAAUCUCAGAUUUUCCUGAAAAAAACAAACCUGAACAGAACCCAAGCAGAUUUACCAGUUGCAGGUACAGGGAUUAUCGAUAUCCACCAGACCAUGAGAAGCAGUACAUGCACACAAUGCAAUUCUGGCACAUCCUGGCUGCAAAAAUGGCUUUUAUAAUUAUUAUGGAGCACGUUGUCUUCAUUGUAAAAUUCUUUGUGGCCUGGAUGAUUCCAGAUGUCCCAUCUGAGGUGAAGGCCAAAAUAAAACGUGAGAAGUACUUAACACAGAAAAUCUUACACGAGUAUGAACUCAAUAAACUGAAACAGAAGUUGUUUGAAGGUAGGACCUGUGCCAGCAUGGAAAAGGAAGUCAUAGCUAGUGAAGGAAUAGUGGAGUUAUCAGAAGCCAUGUAACUUGAAGAGUGACUCUUUGCCUGGAAUUCCAGCCUGUGAAAAUUUGUUGUCCAGAAUCUCCAAUGAGCUCUAUCCACAGUAUGCCUUGAAAGCUGUCUGGUAUUUUUAACCCAUCUUACUUCCUAAAAAUAUUUAGGAAAGAGACAAUAUGGUUUGACUGUUGGGCAGUCAACAGACCUUUCCCCCCCUU